CUAGAAUGAGCCAGGUUGUGAGGGCAUUAGAAGGAGAUGUAUCGUUGGCGGAUCUAAACGAAGGAAUCAAGCCUGGACACAGUACAGUAUACAGUUCUCAUGAAAGUUCUGAUUACGACACAAGCCAAUACAAUGAAGAAAUGAAGAAAUUUAGGAAGAUGGCUUUCGAAACACAGGAGCAGGGAAGUAGCGAGUACAGUGGAGGAAGAACUACGAGCGAAUAUGGUUUGAAUCCAUCUGGUUCAAGCGGUGAAGGAGUUGUUAACACGAGAGAAAUGGAAAUGGGGAGGUUGAAGAAAGACAGUUCAGGGUUCGGUAUUGGAAGCUAAUUGUAA